AAAACUACAAUCUCUCAGUCUCUCUUGGCCUUCUUAGCAUCUCCCUACCUUUUUCAGUACGUUUGUCCAUCGUCUCAUCUUUCUAAAUCCUCAACCAUUUUUUCAAUUUCAUCUUUUACUUCGAUCCGCCAUUGUUGCGAAUCGAGUAAGCUAAGGGGAAAUUGGAAAUGGGGAACCUGUUCUGCUGUGUACAAGUCGAGGAAUCAAAAGUUGGUAUCAAAGAGCGCUUUGGAAAACAUAAGGAGGUGCUAGAGCCCGGUUUCCAUUGUGUCCCUUGGAUCUUCGGUUAUCAGAUUCGAGGCAAGCUCAGUCUUCGUGUUCAGCAGUUAGAUGUCCGCUGUGAGACCAAGACUAAGGACGAUGUGUUCGUGACUGUAGUCGCCUCCGUUCAAUACCGUGCCAUUCCUGAGAAUGCAACUGAUGCAUUUUACAAGCUCAGCGACACUCGCUCCCAAAUUCAGGCUUAUGUAUACGAUGUAAUUAGAGCCAAUGUCCCAAGACUAUGUUUGGAUGAGGUGUUUGAACAGAAGACUGAAACUGCUAACAUAGUUGCUAAUGAACUCAAAAAGGCUAUGUCUAAUUUUGGGUUCGAGAUAGUCCAAACACUCAUUGUCGAUAUUGAACCCGAUGAACUUGUCAAACGGGCUAUGAACCAAAUUAAUGCAGCUUCGAGAUUGAGGGUGGCAGCACAUGAUAAAGCAGAAGCAGAUAAGAUUAUACAGAUCAAAAAAGCAGAAGGAGACGCAGAGUCGAAGUACCUGUCUGGGCAAGGUAUCGCAAGGCAACGACAGGCCAUCAUAGAUGGUCUUAGAGACAGUUUAUUGGGAUUUUCAGGCAAUGUUCCAGGCACAAAAGCUAAAGAUGUAAUGGACAUGGUUCUCAUCACUCAGUAUUUCGACACCAUGAAAGAAAUCGGUGCAGCUUCCAAAUCCUCCGCUGUGUUCAUCCCUCACGGUCCUGGUGCAGUACAGGACCUCGCUGCUCAAAUUAGACACGGACUGCAUCAUGCUUCUCCAUCUGAGGAGUGACCGUUUGCACCACAUACUAAAUCGGCACAGAUGCCUCACCUAGCCUCGCGUUGCUGAUAUGUUAAUCUUUCGCCUUAAAUUUGCAACUCAUUUGUGCUACAACUGUUAAUUUGAAUCAUUGUAAUAAAAUGUGUGCUUAUGUUAAACUGAAUUCCUUCUUGUAAAAUAUUGUGUGUGGUGUUCUUACAUGGACAAACUAUACAAUUACUUUCUUCCAUCAAUAUGUAUUUUUCUUUGUAGUUAGAGUUACAAAACUGCAUAAAUAGACCUACUAAAAUCCCAACUACUUCCUUUAUGCCUUUUAUUUUGCUACUUUAGGGCAAUGAUGUGCAAAAUAUAGAGGGAAUAAAUUUAUAAAAUAGAUGAUCAAGAAAUAAAAGUGGUGAUAGUAAUAAUUUGUAGUGUAAAUUUUCAAGAAAUGUAACAUGACAUUUCCAUGAUAAUAAAACCUUG